AUGAAGUCCCGCGUCUUGCCGACCGAAGAAGGUCUAUGGGACAAGGACAAUAUCCGAGCCUUGCGUAAAACACUCCAGAGCCACCUCUUGUUGCCGCAAUUUUCAUAUCCCAAUCACGUCCCUCCGGGCUAUCACCAAGUGUCAUUCAACAGUCUACCUGAUGAGCAUGAGCUUUCCCAUGAUGGCGCCGAACAGCGUCAUGCUCCUAACGACGAAUGGAAAUUUCGCGUAUGGACUGGAGGUCAUCUGGACUUCCAAAAACCUUUCCUUUGGACUGAGGGGCGUCAUGGACCCGUGUCCGUUGCUGUUAACGAAAAGAUUACCGACACACGACUUGUUGGCAACGCCGAUGCGCACAAUGCGAAAGUUAUGGUUACAAUAACAAAAAAUCUGUUUGCGCCCGAGCUUGAUGCUCAGGGGCAACCUGUCCGUGGCAGUCGCAACCAGAUUUGUAUGUCAAAGGCCGAACACAAUAUCCUGAUCAGAGAGCAAAAGUACCUAUGUUUCAUGCGUGAGAUUCCGGAUAGCCUCAAGUCAGCGUCUGCAGUCCGCAAGAUAGCGUUUCCGUCAGACCCGGACUAUUCACAAACCAUGAUACCCUCGGCAACCCUGCUCUUUAGAUUCAGUGCUCUGACGCGCAAUGCUCAUGUUAUUCAUCUCGACGGCGACUACACCCGACAAGUGUACGGCCUUCCCAAACUUCUGGUACAUGGUCCGCUUACAUCAGUGUUGAUGUUGGAUGUGCUUGGAAAGGCUCUAGCACUCAAAAUUCAUGGAGAAGCAUCCGCCCUCACAAUUCGAAACUUUCAGUAUAAAAAUCUCCUCCCUCUCUUCGUGCAUGAGCCCAUCACCAUAGCCUGUAGGAGAUUGCACGAUACAAAGCCUGACACGACCAAAGACCAGAACGGAUUUGCAGCAGCAUGGCAAAAAUGGGAUGUCUGGAUUCAGAAAGGAGAGGGCAGAGACGCGACUUUAGCAGUUCGCGGUUCGGCCAUGGUGUCGCCAGAGCCGUGCCCUGCCUCGGAACGAGAACGAGAUCCUUUCUGA